GCGAUCUGAGAUCAGAUGAUUAAUGCUAAAAAAGACAAGUAAUUGGGUAUUCCCACCGGGCAACCAUGCCGUCUAUAAACUACUACUAACACAGACACGUCUUCAAAAGCGAAUGAUUGCUUUGAACACUACAACAUCAACAACAGUAUAUCCCAAGCGCCAUCCAAAUGCAGUUCCACCCUCCAUGUAUAAUAAAAUAAAUACUAAUACUAAUACUCCUUCAAAAAUCCGCCCCAAUAAUAAGUCGCUCGGUAUUACAACGAUUGUGGUUACGUGUAGUCUGUGUAUGGUGCCUUUGGUGGUUCAAAAAAACAAAAUCAAAGAGUGAUCCCCUCCAAUAAAAAAAAAUAGGCGUCUAUAGAGAAGAUUCGUUCCGUCCACCCGAGGGCCAGCCGUGGUGAAGUAGGAUGCGAGUGCGUAAAAACAAGUUGAGCCAGGCACAACAAAAGCGCCAAGGCUGGCAGCCCGAGCAGUCUUGGGGGUCGACGCCACGCGUCAGGCUUGGAGGCAAGACGGGUGUCGACGUUGCUAUCCGAGUAGCAUGCGUAAGAGGGCGUUUAACCGGAUAUCGCGUCAAGUGUCAGGUGAGUGACAGGGGGGUGCUUCUGAAUCCAAGGCACCAGGUGCGUCCAGAGAGUCAGGCCGUACUAGGUGCUGCACAUGCGCUGCGUCUUGUGUUUGGCAUGCCAGGCAGCGAUUCCAAGCAGUGCGCCCCGAGGAGAGGCUGCAUCCAGAGAGUGCCGUCUAGCUGAGGAUGCGUCCUGGUUGAUCCCGAGGGCAAGCGAGGUGUCGUUGGCUUGACCUUGCUCAGUUCUCCUUUGUGGGAAGCGCUGGCAGAGGGCGCGUUGGUGGUGGGCCGGGGCAAGGUGGGAGGUUCUUGGGAGCCAUGGUGGAGUCGUCGAAGAUGGUAGCGGCCAUUGUAUUGUUGUGUGGUGUUGUAGUGUAGUGUAGUGUAGUGUGUAGUGUAGUGUAGUAGUGUAGUAGUAGUAGC